AUGCCAACGAUCUACGAUAUUCAACGCGAAGAAACCUAUACCGGCGAACCACGAACGAUCUCGAGCUAUGAUGCAUAUAGUUCAGGAGAUACGGCUGUCGGCUACAUGUCCGCAAUAACACCACGGCAAGUUAUAGUCACUCGGCCAGUGAAGACUCUAGGUGGUGGAAAUCGCAGUGUAACAUCGAAAAUGACCGUGUCGCAGUCGAUGUCCAGUAGUGCCAUGCCGUUACGAAGUGCCAGUGUCGGACAUUUGGCGUUGAUUCCGUUCAACAGUCAACGUACCGAAGAAAAACGACAACUUGCAGAAUUGAAUGAUCGGUUUGCAGAGUACAUCGGCAAAAUCCGUUACUUAGAAGCUGUCAAUCGAAAACUCAGCCGUGAUCUGGAUAAUAUUCGAAAUAAGAAGGGCAUUGGCUUACAACGCAUUCAAGAAAUCAUUGCGCGUGAAAAACGCGAAGCUCAAGAUACUUUAAAACGUAUGGACGAUGACAUACGUUCUGGUCAAGGCAAACGCCAAGAAGCCGAAGCACGUUUAAAGCAAGCUGAACAACGUUUGGCCAAUGCUCAACGACCUGAUCAAAUCAAUGGUGCAAAAGAUCAAUUACGGCAAUUACGAGAAAAAAUUCUUGAUCUAGAGAAAAAAAUUGAACUGAUUCGAAAAAUCAUUGCCGAUAACGAUGAAGAAAUUGCUCUCUACAACGCGGAAUUGCAACGAAUUCGUGCUGACAUUGCUAAUCUUAUUACUGAAAUAGCAAAUGAAGCCACGCAAAAGCAAUUACUUAUGGCAGAAAAAGCUGUUCUCGAACAAGAACUGAAAGCAUUGGACACAGCACAUAAAUUCGAUGUUGAACAACUUCGCUCGAAAGUGGCCAUCGCAAAUGUUGAUCCUGCACCUUUCUUUGAGAGUGAAUUGACAAAUGCUAUACGUGAAAUACGUAAACAAUUCGAAAAUAUAACUGAUCAACAGCAACAACAAUUACAAAACUAUUAUCAAGCAAAAGUGAGUGCUCUGAUUGAAUAUCAUCAACCAAAACAACCUGUUGAAUCUCAAUGGCAAACGGAAAAAAUCCGUGAGAUCACGCGUAGUAUUGCGGAUAUACGUGGCCGAGUAAACAAUUUACAAAUGGAAAAUCAGGAUCUCGAUCGGCAAAUAGCGGAUAUACGUCAACAGAUUCAGUCGUCUACAUAUCACGAAGAUCAACAUUUGCUCAAUGAACAAAAACGCUACCGGGAAGAGAUUGAUCGUUUGAAAGGUUAUAUCAACGAUUUAGAAAAAUACCGCACAACAUUAGAGGAAGAAAUACGUCGGUAUCGAACGUUAUUAGAAGGUGGCACUAAUCAAGUCGGUCUCCGGCAUUUCGCUGAAGAAGCGGAGAAAAUUAUGCAUCGAGGAAGAUCUUUAUUAGAUUCGAUGAAUUUACGCUUAAUUAAGAAUUCAUCUCUACCAAGUAGCUCACAUAAUGUUCGUGAAGUAACAUACUCAAAAACGUAUUCCUCUGCUGGCAAUGGUCUGAAUGGCUAA